CAUACCAGCAUGGGCACAAGAACAGGGGAGACUCUAGCUCGCAAGCCACCGGAGAGCGCUCGCCUCGCCUGUUAUUGGGUGGAAGGGCUGCUGCUCGGGUGCGAAAUUUCAGUUUUUCCUUCCUCCAGACCAAACCAAAGCCCCAACAGCAUUAAAACAUGGAAAAUAGGUUCACAAUCGCUCAAUCUAAUUACUAGCCUAGUGUAACAGUGCGGUCGGUUACGAUAGUGACGCGUUUUUGUUCGUUUUCGACAGUGCCGUUCAGUCCUUUCUGGGUUGCUGCUUGGUGUGUUCUACUAGUCCUCCUUAAGGCGUUCACAGGAGCAGGUCCAGUUUUCCCCUGAAACACUGAAAACAAGAAGAGAUAAAGUUUGCGUGUGCAGCAGGUGGAAAUACUGCCAAACAUUGGGCACGGAAGCCUUCGAAUUAACUAGUGAUACUGAUAAGUGUGGUACGGUGAUUUUAGUGCUGUGACCGAUUCGAUGAGUUUUGCGGAUGCUAAUGGGCCUCGGUACAGAACGAAAACUAUGCGAAGGGUGAUUGUCCCCCUUGUACCCAGCUAUGAAAGAAGAGAAAAUUUGCCCUGAAACAUGCAUGGAAAUGCUGUGAAAAAGUUUAGAAUUUAUACAAAUUUUAGCUAGCCUCUUUCUAGUUUAAAAUAGAAUUCUAUUUAGCUGCUCUACUGUAGUGCGCAACCAAAUUUACAGUUUGACGCAAAUUUUGUGUUCAUUCCGCUAGUGUAAACUAACAAUACACCGUUCGAAAGGUGAAGGUGUGAUGAGCGAGAGCUCUGGGGUAGGACCGGAUUCAACAAAUUUUCCAAACAAUGAGAACCGCCAAAAAUGGGGACCACACUCGAAAUGGUGCCACCCGGUGCAUUGUGCUUCGGCGAUGUAAAAUGGAUUGCAUUGAAGAAAAGAAAGAAAAAAGUGGCGAUUUCAAGCGAAUGACACUACUGUAACAUUAAACCGUGUUACACCGAAAAAGAAGAAGUUUACUGAUCAGGUUAUAAACAGAAAAAGAGUGCCCAAUUUGUGAGAGUCCUGUACGGGAAAAGAGAGCGCGAAAACAAGCGUGUCGGAAGCUGUACAAACAAAACAACCACCGAGAACAGAACAUCCCUAGUGUCGUAGUGAGAGAUAAUCGCGUUCGAAGCGGGAGGAUUUAGUUCUCUGUCUAUACUUCGUACAGUGGUAUGAGCAAUGUAAACAAAAUUAGCGCCUUUCGGUGUAAUUCAUCACUUGCAUAUUCCCCCUGGUUGUUCUAAACAACACGCACGGGAGGGAAGGUGGUAAGUGUGUGCCUGUGUGUGUAUGUGCGUGCUGGUGUGAGACGUACCAAAGUGACACCGUAGAGGAAUGGCCGAAGCGCCGGGAAGUCCACGCACCGGGGAUGAGUCUUCCGAGAGUGAUAACGAAACCGAGCCAGCCAAAAUUUUCCACCGGAAGUUGUCAACGAAAAAGGAUGUCAAGUCAGCGGCCGCAACCAAGGAGGGCUACCUAAUGAAGCAAACAUGGUCGUUCCAGCGCUGGAGAAGACGUUACUUUCGAUUGAAAGGCCACAAGCUGUACUACGCCAAGGAUAGUAAGAGUGAACUGUUCGAUGAAGUCGACCUUUCGAAUUUGUGUUUCGCCGAGUGCAGUACGAAAAAUGCGAACCACAGCUUCCAGCUAAUCACCCCGACCCGUUCCCUGGUGCUGUGUGCGGAGAAUCGCCGCGAAAUGGAAGAGUGGCUGCAGGCGCUGAAGGCGACUUCGGCGAGAGAUUUUUUCGAACCCGGCCCUCCGGAUCAGCAUGACUUCCUUUCCGGAUACCACCAUUGGUACGCUACCUCACAUGCUAGGCCCACUUACUGCAACGUUUGCCGAGAAGCUCUAUCCGGAGUCACCUCGCACGGUUUGUCGUGUGAGGUGUGCAAAUGCAAGGUGCACAAGCGAUGCGCUGCCAAAGCGAUAUCCAACUGCAAGUGGACCACUCUCGCAUCAGUGGGAAAGGACAUCAUUGAGGAUCAGGAUGGGAACAUUGUUAUGCCUCACCAAUGGAUGGAGGGAAACCUGCCGGUAUCGGCGAAGUGUAUCGUGUGCGACAAAACGUGCGGUUCCGUGAUCAGACUGCAGGACUGGCGAUGCCUCUGGUGCCGCUCGACAGCUCACACCGCGUGCCGACCCAAGGCUAAUGUAGCUUGCCCACUGGGACCGGCGCGAGUUUCGGUGGUCCCACCAAUAUCGCUACAUUCCAUCGGCAUCGAUGAUGCCUGGGACGUGUGCAAGCCGCACGGUAGUUUUUCACCGUUGCUGGUGUUUGUAAACUCGAAAUCUGGCGACAAUCAGGGCGUCAAGUUUCUUCGACGCUUCAAACAACUGCUGAAUCCGGCCCAAGUUUUCGAUCUGAUCUCCAGCGGACCGGGAUUGGGACUACGGCUGUUCCGUCACUUCGACCCAUUCCGAAUACUGAUUUGCUCGGGCGACGGUUCGGUCGGUUGGGUUCUGAGUGAAAUCGACAAGUUGAGCAUGACGAAACAAUGCCAGAUAGCAGUGCUACCGCUCGGUACCGGAAACGAUUUGGCUCGGGUGCUGGGCUGGGGCAGCUCCUGUGAUGAUGACGCACAUUUGCCACAGCUGCUCGAGCGCUACGAACAGGCGAGCACCAAGAUGCUGGACAGAUGGAGUGUCAUGAUAUUCGAACGGGACAUUGGUAUUGUAGCUCCAACGCGAACACCCAAAAUGUCGAUUUCGCACCACCCGGAUCCGGUGCUGUUCCAGUACGAGGAUGACGUACUAGGCUAUCUGCAGUCAAUUGUAAGCAACGACGAUACUUCUACGAUGAUCCAAUCCACCAGAGAUCUGUGCGUAGCGGUAAAUGACUUCAUCACUAGGGUGAGAGAAAACAGCUCCGACGAAGAGCAAUUAAGCAUCAAAUGUGAUAUUUUAAGACAAAAAUUAGGCAUGUUAUUAGAUACUCUGAAGGAAGAAGAAGCUGGUCUUCAUGGCGACGACGAAUUAUUUCGAACACUCAAAGAAAUUGCUCAAAAAAGUGCCUCAGAAAGACCAAUAGAUACCGAAUUCUCAACGCAGAGAAAAACCAUAGAAAAAAACGAAAAAGACAAGCUGAAUUCCAGAGAACGCACAAGUAAAAUCGACCGUUCAGAGAAGGAAGCACUUUUGUGUCGUGCCAACAGUUUGAAGCGAGCAAUACACGAUGUGUUGAAGUACAGCGAGACCAGCGGUCUUUACGUACUCCCGAAGCGGCUGUCGAUACCAAUUAACAUUCGAGGUGAGCCGUCGAGUGGUUCACCGAAUUUGACGGCAACCCCACAUCCAAUGUCGACGAUGUCUCCGUCGGUGUCAACUUCGCGCCUUACCUGCAUAUCACCGCUGCCGGAUCUACGGCGAGACUCGAUGGACGAGCAUUUUCUGAGCAGCGUUAGCCUCCCGGUGCCAAAGCAGUUUGCUGACGGCAGCAGCCGUCGCAGUUCAGCCGUACCGGACAACUAUCGGAUUUCCAGUAUUGAGGAGCUGGAGGAGAACAGUAUUCACGCGGAUAAGAACGAAGAAUUCGUACUAACAGUGGAACAAUUGGCGAACAUCGAAGAAAACGUAGACAAUCAAGCCAAGGACGACAAAGACGACACGUUGAACCAGAAGUCCACAACAACGACCACUUCGGAUUCGCAGUCAACCACGGCGCCAUAUGACUUCUCCUUUGAGUCUGACACUAAAACGGUAAAGUUCGAAUUGGACGCCAACAGUGCAUUCGAAAGACUCGGCUUCAAACCAUUCAAAACGGCGAUAGAACUUCAGCAGCAGCAACAGCAACAACAGCAGCUUCAGCAGAAAUGUGAUUCCGCCUAUCUGCAGUUUCAGCCAAUUGAGGUUUACGAACGGAACCUGUAUCGUAAUCAGCUACAGCAAAAGCAGCAAAGGUCAAAUGCUAACCUCGGUCGGCCUCAAAUGACGAGCAGUGAACCGACCUCGAGAAGCUCCAACACUCUGCAAGUACCGAACAUCAAUUUACCGACCAUGGAGAAACCGCCGGAAAAUGCGUACUUUAGCGAGAAUAUGACUAUCAUCGAUACGGAUAUGCCGGAGCGUUCCUCUUCGGAUGAAAUCCCUGGCGAAGCCAGCGAUGUGCUGUCGGCAAUAAGCAACGAAGAAUGUAGCGUCACAUCGGAAAUAUUGGACAGACAAUCAGAGAAUAAUUCUCAACUGCACAUAGCCGAUUUGAUUCAGGAUCUUGAGACAGACCGGUUCAGUCACAUCGACUCGCCGGAAACGAGCGACACCACCGAAGCCCUGCACGGGGAAAGCCUGAUGGAUGACAUCAGUUCGGUACUGGGCCAGGACUUGCUGGGUGCCCUGCAGGACAACACAAUCACCGAGGACACUACGACCCUCUGCACGCUUGAUCACACAAAAAGACGCAGCUUCAAAAACAAACAACAUCAACAACAACGAAUAGAUAACAUCGAGUUUGACCAGUUUGGGUUCCAGAAUCGAGUGUUUGACAUCGACAACAGAUGUGACGAUCAGAAGGUUCGCGAACCGAAGUACUGCAGUUUGGCGAAGUUUGUCGAGGGUAACGAUAUUGCUAGGAAGAGUUUCAAAAGACCUGCUGGCAAGGCACAUUCGAUCAGAAACCUGGCCGCUAGGGCCUACAGUGUGCCGGAAAAUGAGUACGUCAAUGCGAAAGCUAUAUCCAAUUUGCUUCUACCGCAUGGCUCACCUUCGGAUAUAUCCGCUUCGGAUACGGAAACGGUUCAGACCUCGAGAAUCGGCUAUCGUGAACUAAGCUCAUCGGCUACCAAUGCCGAUGAAGAAAGCAUGUCCGAUGAAGAGGAGAAAGUUGACGCCUCGGAUGAAGAUCAUGAAUCUGAAGGUGCAAUCGGAGGUCAGGUAGAUGACGAUGAAAGCAAGAACAAAAAUGGAACAGAAGAACAUGCAACGGAAAUUCCCGGAAUUCCGACAAUCAACGUAGUUGUCGAGCCUCCGUCACCGGCAAUGAGCGACGAGUUGCGAUCGCUUCGGGUGCCGGAGAUUCGACGCCACUCUAGUCAUACUCCAAACAUGCUAGCCCCACGUGAAGUUGAUAUUAAUCGACGCCACUCGGGCAAUAAUCCGAAUUUACUAGGUCUAGACUCGGAACAUAUUCGAUUCUUAAACUGUUCGCCGGCUGCCUCGCGGCGCAUUAGUAGUGGUAGUUUGUUGUUCAAACCGGAGGCUUUGGGGAGCUCUAAAAGCAAUAUAUUUAGCUCUAACCUGGGACUGUUCAACUUCGAGAGAGAUGCUGAAAGCAAGGAAAAAGAGGAUAAGAAGAAAGAUGAGAAAGAGGAGAAGGUGAAGAAACUACCAAUUAUUAACCCGCUGGUUACACUGCCGACUUGGCCGAAUGUCAACAGUGGAUUUAUAUCGAAAUGCUUGCUGGCAAAUGCAGAUACUUUAUGCGCAGCUGUGAGUCCUCUAAUGGACCCGGAUGAAACACUCAUGGAAGGAUAUCAGGAGAAGGCGGUAUUAAACAAUUACUUCGGCAUUGGAAUUGACGCGAAAAUUUCGCUUGAUUUCCAUUUAAAGCGAGAGGAGCAUCCGGAAAAGUGUCGAUCACGAGCAAAGAAUUACAUGUGGUAUGGAGUGCUGGGCUCGAAGCAGCUGCUACAGAAGACCUAUAAAAAUCUAGAGCAAAAGGUACAACUGGAGUGCGAUGGUCAGCGGAUUCCGCUGCCUUCACUGCAGGGAAUUGUGAUAUUGAACAUUCCAAGUUUCAUGGGCGGUACAAACUUCUGGGGUAGUAAAAAAGAAGAUGAUUUAUUCCUGGCCCAGAGCUUUGACGAUCGUAUUCUGGAGGUGGUUGCUGUGUUUGGAUCCGUACAGAUGGCCGCUUCUCGCUUGAUCAAUAUCCAACAUCAUCGGAUUGCACAGUGUCAAAGUGUUCAGAUCAAUAUCUUAGGCGAAGAAUGCGUCCCUAUUCAGGUGGACGGUGAGGCAUGGUUGCAACCUCCAGGAAUGAUUAGAAUAAUACAUAAGAAUCGAGUACAAAUGCUAUGCCGCAAUCGAAACCUAGAGGUAUCCCUCAAGACUUGGCAGGAGAAACAACGGCAGCACAGUAUAUCAAUCGCACGGGACAAUCCGUCAACAGCUUCCGAACACUUGAUUGCUCCCUCGGAAGAUAUAUUCUCCGAGCGGGAGACGUAUCUGCUGUUGAACUUCAUCGAAUGUUGCGCCACGCUAGUCAAGUGGGUUAAAUUUCUGAUUAUAUCGCAUCCAUCGCUGCAGCCGGAUUUGUAUGCUGUGGCUUCCAAAACGGCGGAUGCGUUGGAGUCGAUCCAUCCUGGCGGCAAGAUCAUAGACGGACCUGAUUUGAGACGGCAAUUGACGGAGCUGGUUCGAUCAUCCCGGCAGUUGUACGAAAACACAUGUGAUCUGCUGCAUGAACGCAGCCACAGUCUAAUUCUCCGGGAGGAUCUCGAAACGAAGCUCAGUGUGUCGCUCGCUAACAUGGAGAUGGAGCUGGGUAAAUGUAGCUUGCAGCAGACAAGCGACGGCCAGACGAAGGUUUAUUUGAACGUUCUCGCGCCGAACGACGACAGCGAUCACCUUCACCAUCGCAAGAAGCAGAAACCAUUCUGGUUGCGGUUCCGUGGUCAUCACCAGCCAAGCGGUGUGGGUGCGAUCCCUACACAGCGGGAUGCCGUCAGCAGUUGGGGUGUUGGUGAAGUGGUCACUUGGCUGGAAGCGAUGCAGUUAGCCGAGUACGCGGACAGUUUCAUCAAAAACGACAUUCGGGGUAAGGAACUGCUUACUUUGGCUAGGCGUGAUUUGAAGGACCUCGGAGUCACCAAGGUAGGUCAUGUCAAACGGAUUUUGCAGGCAGUUAAAGAUCUCGGAAGCGACGGAGGCUAGGCCUACAUUCUCCAUCAGGAGAAUAUUUAGGGGGUAAAACUCUUAUAAAACCAAAGAUAGACGUAGCUUAAGUUUACUAUAGAUUUUAUUGCAUAUGGUGAAAUGCACAUUACACCUACUCGUAUAAUGUUACGGACAUACAGUGACCGGAAAGAGAUUGUUUAAAUUGACCUACAGCAGUCUGCCCUAAGAUUUCAUUGAACUGCAGCCGUGCUCUGUAUAACUGUUUAUGUACGCAGCUGAAGGGCAAACUUUACGAUUAAAUAAACCUGUUGAGGUCACUGGUAGCCUAUCAUUUUAAAUUAUUCCAAAGCGGUUGUCGAUAAACACAAAUAGUUGAUGGCGCAAGAGGCAAGCAAAAAAGCAUUAUAUUUCUUUAAUAAUCAAGAAACUAAAAGACUUUAUUUACUCUCGUAUUGAACGAACGGUAUUUCCAAUCUCUCUACAUAUUUUCUUACGGUAAAAUAAUUAAGAUGGUAACCUAUAAAAUUGUAAUAGUAAACCAAUAUUAAUAAUGUUAAUGGGAAGCAGAGAGAUAGAAAAACAAAAAUCUAGUAGGUGCUCUUAAGAAGGACUACAGCCAAGAAUACGCUACAAAUAUUAGGAUACGAUUAACUAAGACGGUAACAGGAAUCAAGAUAUAUCAAUUCUACUUCAUUCAAGUGUAAGCGAAACAGCCUAAAACGUAAGCGUAAAGUUGAUCGUGUGUUUAAGUUACCAGUUCUUCAUAAUUACCGCUAGAGAAAAAGCAAUUGCACCAACUUGUUCGAGUGCAAACUUUCGUUCCAAAUAAUCAUUGUGUUUGUUGGUGUUAAACGAUACAGAAUAAUCAAACUUUAACAAGGAUGAACACUUCUAAAGCAAAGUAUUGAAAUGUAUUCUAAAAUUAAUUACCACAUUACUAAUUAAAAUGAAACAAACAAUUGAACAAGGAAACAAAAUUAUCGAAAAAACGUUAGCUAAAGCAAAACCUUUGCCAAUUCUGUUCGUACUUUAGUGCUGUUGAAUGUUUAUCAUGUGUAAAUCUACAUGCGUUAUCGUGUGUGUGUGCGCAUAUGCAUGUGUAUUUGUGACACACAAAACCACAAACAUUCAAUACACACGUUGCACGAAAAUUCACAAGAAAAGAAGGCGUGGCAAAUAAAAAAUAUGUAGAAUGCAAUUUCUUUACCACUUUACGGACGCAUGGCGUGAAAGUCUUACGUAUUCAGCAUCCCCAAAAUCAAUCCAAUGUUCACCUAGAAAUAUUAGUAGUAGUUAUUCAAGCAUUCGAUAGUAGUGCGUUGGGAUGAUUGAAUGUUAUGUUUUAUAGACGUGUGUUAGUGUUAGAACAAACCAGCAAAACAAUCUUCUCGGUCGAGAGGGGGGGACUUCCGGUAUGUUGUGGUUGUGGUCGAUUGGACGAGGCAUCGAAUAUAGAUUCCGUUAAAUUUGAAUACGUUGAAAAAAUGUAGGUCAUUUUUACUACAAUUUCGUAUUACAGAAUGAAGCCAGAUUCAUUCAAUGAGAAUCUGUGAAGUUUUUUUUGUUCAAACAACUUUUAAAUGCACUGAUUGAUAGUUAUUUGGUAAACAAUCUUGUUUCAGAACCGAAACAAUAUUUUUUUCUUAUGGACGUUUUUGACUUAAAUUUAAAAUUGAUGUGCUGAAGAUUCUAAUUAUGUUUGAAAAUAAAUGAGUUUUCGGUAAAAAUAAAGUUUACAGCGUUUUGCUUCAGGUAUAAAACGCCACAAUGACAGCAAGCGUUUUACACUCGCCCGAGCGUAACUGCUGUCAAAUGGUGCGUUAUUCGCGUCAAGAUGUUGUGUCAGAUUGCAAACCUUUCUGUUGCAUACGUUAUCGUGUUCGUUAAAUGUUAAAAUACACUUACGUCGUGUAAAUCACAAACAGAAAUUAAGUGGUGGAAGUGAAUGUUUUUAGCGCCAUUUUUGCUAAUCUCAUAAGAGCGAGUCAUCCGUGACCAGCGUUGCCAGGUAUCCAGAUUUAGCUGGAUUAUCCAGAUUUUUGAACAUGUAUCCAGGUAGACAGCUUUGAUGUUCAAUUAUCCAGAUUUUUCAUGGAUGAUCCAGAUUUUAUCCAGAUUUUAUUUCCUCUGUUCCGCAAUAAGGUCAUCACUUCAAUUUUGGCGCGAAAUUUUGCAAUUUUGUCACCUCUAAUUUUGCGUACCUCAAGACUUUUAUCCGAAAAAUUAACCUUUCACCCCACGAAAUGAUCGCCAGAUUUUUUCCAGAUUUUUAUUUUGCCUUUUCCAGAUUUUUUAAAAAAUGACCUGGCAACGCUGUCCGUGACAGUUCAUUUCACAUUUUUGUUGGUUUUCUAGAAAAAGGGUACACAAUAAAUAAAAAUGUUUUAAUAAUCAUUUUGAUAGAAUUGCUUAAAAUUUUCGUCAAGUUAAUUUUCGUUAAUUUAUUGUUUCCUGUCAUAUCUUACAUGGAAUAAAAGGAACAAAAACUUGAUUCAAGGUAAAUUUUUAUAAUGAAAACUUCUCAUAAGGUCUGCUAAUUAUUUCUUGGUAAAUGUUUGAAAAUUUUUAGUACAUUUCUGGCUUAAAAGAAAUGAAAAACGCACAGUAUUUUUUGUUUAAUAUUUUAUAAUUUCACACAACUCUGUUUUAUCUGCAUUCGUCGAUUCCUGUCAUAUAAUCAGAGUCUAUAAUCUCUGCCAGGAGAAUCUCCCCUCGACCGGGUUUAAGAGUAUUACGUUCUCGAUAACUCGAUUGGUGUCAAUAAAAGUUUAAUAUUGUCUUCUGUUGAAAUCGUAAAAUUGAAGUAAAAAACGAAAACAAAAAUAAUCAUCUGUUCAUCCUUUUGUGGCUCGUUGAAUUUCGUAACAUACACAGUCGUAGGUUUAGUGAAACAGUAUAAAAUAAUCGAUCCAAAUCCUGUUGUUGGCAAACAUUGAACAUAUUCGAUAUAUUUAGCACUUAAUGCCAGUAGAAACCUUAAAGUAUGAGUCCUUAUUAUAUCGUUGAUUAACACAAGAAGAAUUACAAUUGAAGGAAAACCUAUCUACAUAAAUAUGAAUAUCUUGCAAAACCUAAACAAAACGAUUCCUACCGACAGUUGAAUGUUGAUCAUUGCUGAAUUGGAAGGAGUUGUGUUACAAAAUUAAAAUUUUAAUAACAUUAAACGUUAAAGUACAUAAAUUUUAGACUUACAUUUUAACCUCAAAUGCCCAUUGAAAAACGUGUAUUGUGUAAGAAGUUCAUAAUGACCACCAACCAGAACAAAUCAAAUCAUUAGCAUCUAGUCGAUACCAAAAUAUUUGCAUAAGAAUGUUGUACAUCCUCAAGUCACCGCCGUUCAGUUGUCCAUGUUCUUCGUAUCUUCCAACUUCUACGAGUAACUUUUGAGCCUGAAGUUGUAAAUUAUUUGUUUAUCAUCUCCUCACAGAACACUUCCACUCGUAGAUAAACUUUAGUAGUUUCACCUUAACCAUCGUACUGAUGAAAAGGUGUUGGAAUAACCUAUUUUAUGAUUAUUUGUUAUAAAUCUUGGUGAAUUUAAAUUUCAAAAAAAAGAAAUAAUUCAUAGCUUAAGAAAACCAAAAAACUAAAUAUUUUCUUGCAUUCAACCGAAUGAACUUUCCUGCACAACUGGGUGAUCACUUAGAUAGUUUUUUCCUCUUGUAACUGCACAUCACAAAGCAUCAUUUUCCAUCGAGUGUAUUUCUCCCAAAACUUUCACAUUAUUUGAGACUGUCAUCAACUUACGCAUUUUAUCUGUGAUAUUUUCGCGUUCAGCUAUAAAUCGACGGUAGACCCGUCAAAAUAUAGAAGAAGGAAAAAGUAUAAACAAAUCUACUGAUAAAUGAACAAUCUACUGAAUUAACAAAACAAAUAAAACCAAUCGGUCACUUCUUCCGCCGACUAGAUAUUCUGCCAAGCAGAUAACGUACCGUAGCAAAAGCUAUUCUCUGAAAUAAAAUACUCGAACCGAUCUACAUUUUUCAAAAAACAAAACAAAAAAGAAACGAGCAAACGAAAAUUCUAAACAGAUAAGCACUUUUCAACACAAGCAUAAGUGAAACGAACAAAAAAAGUUUGAACAAAGAUUCGGUUUUCUGAACCCUGUUACUAAUGUGAAAAUCUCCAGAGAAUCGAAAUUAUUGCAACACCUUUUAGCAACCGAAAAAAAAACAAUACAUUAAGAUCCGUUGUUAAUCCCAAGCUAGGAGAAACAAUCCCGGAAUAAUAGUUGUAAAUUUUCUAGAUUUAAAUCAACCAUAUGUUUCCCUGAACAUUUGCAGUGCACUGCACUGCAGCACUGAGACCACACAGAAAAAAAAACAAGUAACUAUUCUCGGUUGAAUUCUCCAAAUAAACAAAACCAAACAAACUGUAGACAGCACAACUAA